ACUCCCUCUAUUCCGCUUCUUCUUCUUCUUCUUCUUCGCUUCAGCUCAAAGCAAGCAUCUCUCUUUUGCUUUUUCUAAGCCGGUGCUGUGAGAGCUCUAAAGCCACUAGCUUUAGUGCCUUGCCGGAUUCGGAUCACCAUGGCGGUGGAGGACUGCUACGCCACGCAGCUGAUCGACGGCGACGGCGGAUUCAACGCCGCCGGGCUGGACCGGUUCGUGAAGGAGGCGAAAGUCGCCGAUUGCGGGCUCUCGUACGCCGUCGUCGCCAUUAUGGGGCCGCAGAGUAGCGGGAAGAGUACUCUGAUGAAUCAGCUGUUUCAUACUAAGUUCAGGGAGAUGGAUGCGUUUAGAGGAAGGAGCCAAACGACGAAGGGGAUUUGGAUUGCUAAGUGUGUCGGCAUUGAGCCUUGCACUGUAGGCAUGGAUUUGGAGGGUACUGAUGGCAGGGAGAGGGGCGAGGAUGAUACUACAUUCGAGAAACAAAGCGCUCUGUUUGCGUUGGCUGUUUCGGACAUUGUGCUGAUUAAUAUGUGGUGCCAUGAUAUUGGUCGUGAGCAGGCUGCAAAUAAACCUUUACUGAAAACAGUUUUUCAGGUUAUGAUGCGUUUGUUUAGCCCUCGUAAAACAACGUUGUUGUUUGUCAUACGCGAUAAAACAAAGACCCCUUUUGAGUAUCUGGAGCCUGUUUUAAGGGAAGAUAUACAAAAGAUAUGGGAUUCAGUCCCAAAGCCCCAAGCCCAUAAAAGCACCCCGCUCAGCGAAUUUUUCACGGUAGAAGUAGUUGCUUUGUCCAGUUAUGAAGAGAAAGAGGAGAAGUUUAAAGAGGAGGUUUCUCAACUGCGCCAGCGUUUUUUUCAUUCUAUUUCUCCUGGAGGGCUUGCUGGUGAUAGACGGGGUGUUGUCCCUGCUUCUGGAUUUUCAUUUAGUGCGCAACAGAUUUGGAAAGUAAUCAAGGAAAACAAAGACCUGGAUCUUCCUGCUCACAAGGUUAUGGUUGCUACAGUUCGGUGUGAAGAGAUCGCUGAUGAGAAAUUCAAUCACUUGACGAAAGAUGAGGAUUGGUUGGCAUUGGAAGAAGCUGUGCAAAGUGGUCCAGUACCAGGUUUUGGUAAACAGCUCAGCUAUAUUCUAGACGCCUAUCUUUCUGAAUAUGACAUAGAGGCCAUCUACUUUGACGAAGGUGUAAGGAACUCAAAACGACAGCAAUUGGAAACAAGAGCAUUGGAUUUUGUGUUCCCUGCAUACACUACCAUGCUAGGGCAUCUGCGCUCUAACGCAUUGGAAAAUUUUAAAGUGAGAUUGGAGCGGUCAUUAAACAACGGGGAAGGAUUUGCCUCAUCUGUCCGAACCUGUAUGGAAGGUUGCGCGCUUGAGUUUGACCGUGGAUGUGCAGAUGCUGCAGUACAGCUGGCUAAUUGGGAUACUUCAAGAGUUCGGGAAAAGCUCCGACGUGAUUUAGAAGCACAUGCAUCAUCUAUUCGUAGUACAAAGUUAUCAGAACUGAACAUCAGUUAUGAGAAAACACUCUCAGAUUCUUUAACUGAACCGGUGGGGGCUCUACUUGAAGCUGGAGGAGAAGAUACCUGGGCUUCAAUAAGGAAACUUCUUAAUCGUGAGACUGAAGCUGUAGUAUCAGAGUUCUCAAAAGCAGUUGUUGGUUUUGAGUUGGACAAAGUAACAAUUGCGAAAAUGGUGCAAAAUUUGAGGGAUUAUGCGAGAAAUGUGGUGGAGAUAAAAGCAAGAGAAGAGGCUGGGAAAGCUCUGAUCCACAUGAAGGAUCGGUUUUCAACAGUCUUCAAUUAUGACAGUGAUUCAAUGCCUAGGGUAUGGACCGGGAAGGAAGACAUUAGAACCAUAACCAAGGAUGCCCGCUCUGCGUCUCUCAAGGUUUUAUCGGUUAGAGCUGCUAUUCGCUUGGAUGAGAAGCCUGAUAAUAUUGAAAAAGUUAUCUUUUCUUCUCUUAUGGAUGGGACAGGUACUGAGUUGUCCUCACAAGAUAAGAGCAUAAGAGCUUUAGCAGAUCCUCUUGCAACAAGCACUUGGGAGGAGGUUUCUUCAAAGGAUACACUGAUUACGCCAGUGCAAUGCAAAUCACUGUGGAGACAGUUCAAAUCAGAAACCGAGUAUACUGUCACUCAAGCUAUUCAAGCACAGGAGGCUCACAAGCGGAGUAACAACUGGUUGCCUCCUCCGUGGGCCAUUCUGGCUAUGAUUCUUCUUGGUUUCAACGAAUUUAUGCUCCUAUUAAGGAACCCUCUCUACCUCUUGGUUCUUUUUGUUGCAUAUUUACUUUCAAAGGCCUUAUGGGUACAGAUGGACAUUGCAGGAGAGUUCCGACAUGGCGCUCUUUCAGGAAUACUAUCCAUUUCAUCAAAGUUUCUUCCCACUGUUAUGGAUAUUCUGAGACGACUUGCAGAAGAAGCUCAAGGGCGUCCAACACCUGAAGCGCCUAGACAACCAGUUUCUCUUGCUUCUCAAAGUUAUAGAAGUGAAACACCUCCACCAAAUCCACUAACGAAUUCAGUUCCUGAGUCAUCUGUGUCAUCUAAUAUAUCAUCUUCUGAUAGCGGCAUGGAGUACGCAAGCCCUAACUUGGCGCGUAGGCGAGCGACAAACAAUCAGGAGAUGGAAAUCAUGGAAUGAUGUGGGAUUGUUGUUGUUUGUAGUUUUGUAUCCGUCCCAUGUGUAUCAGAUUCAAAAUAGGAUGAUCAACUUGGUGCUAUAGUGUUGCUGCUAUUUCUUACAACGUUAAUGGAAUAAAUGGUGUUUCCCGAAAUGCCUGGUUUACUAGAUAGUUUAGUUGUUUUUGCUCUAGGUAAAAUAGAAAUUGAUGACUUGAUGUACUUUAUAUAAAGAUGAAAUGUCAUUUUUGAUCUUUUCUCUGGAA